AUGGAACUGGCGGAUUUAUGUUCGCAAAUAAAAAAAGAACAACAAUGGGGUAGACUUUCAAACUUAGAGAUUGCUGGUUUACCAGAAAACUCAAAAGAAUCAACUUCUGAAUUAAUAAUCAAAAUAGCCAGCCAUGCAGGAAUAAAGCUAACAGAUGACCAAAUUGUUUUUGCGCACCGAGUUCAGCCUAUGCAGAAUGUUGGAGCACUUCUUUUGGGCUCGACUUUUAGUCAACCAAUACCAGACUCAGAUCCUCAAAUUGCUUGGGCAGAGUAUCAGCCACGUGAACCCUGUGUGGUAUCUACGUGUGAUUCUGGUGAUCCAUGCUCACCUCCGUAUUCUGAUCAUAAUGAUGUUAUAAAUAUUGGACCUUGCAAUCCUUCUGAGCCACCUGUGAACUAUUUGUAUGGUCAGGCGCCCUAG